AUGAACGUUAAGCAAAAGUUACAAGAACAAUUACGUACCCAUCUUCAGGUCAUUGAAGCUGCAGAAGCAGAAUUAUGUACAGUUGCUGUUGAGAUUGGUCGCGAGAUUGCCGCUGUUUUCCGUGAUGGCGGUAAAUUAUUUAUCUUUGGUAAUGGUGGCAGUGCUGCAGACGCGCAGCAUAUGGCAGCAGAGUUUAUCAACCGCUAUCGUCUUGAGCGGCCACCACUGCCUGCGAUUGCCCUAACAACAGAUUCUAGUACGUUGACCAGCAUUGCUAACGAUUAUGAGUAUCGAGAUGUAUUCGCAAAGCAGGUACGUGCGCUAGCAGAUCCUGGGGACAUUGUGAUGGGAAUUAGUACAAGUGGUACCUCCGAUAACAUUGUACAAGGCCUUAAAGCAGCACAGGCAAUAGGCUGUAAAACAGUUGCGCUACUUGGACGCACAGGGGGAGAGGCGAAAUCACAAGCAGAUAUUAUGUAUAUUACACCUCAUGACGACACUGCUCGUAUACAAGAAGUACAUCUUUUGUUAGAACAUCUUAUUUGUGACUAUGUUGAACAUGUCUUAUUUAUCGAGCCACAAAUCUAA